AUGGAGGGGGAGGGAGGGGACGGGAGGGGCGAGGAGGGGCAGAGGCGGCAGGGAGAGGCAGAGAGAGGCAGAGAGGCAGAGAGAGGCAGAGAGAGGCAGAGAGAGGCAGAGAGAGGCAGAGAGAGGCAGAGAGAGGCAGAGAGAGGCAGAGAGAGGCAGAGAGAGGCAGAGAGAGGCAGAGAGAGGCAGAGAGAGGCAGAGAGGCAGAGAGAGGCAGAGAGAGGCAGAGAGAGGCAGAGAGAGGCAGAGAGAGGCAGAGAGAGGCAGAGAGAGGCAGAGAGAGGCAGAGAGAGGCAGAGAGAGGCAGAGAGAGGCAGAGAGAGGCAGAGAGAGGCAGAGAGAGGCAGAGAGAGGCAGAGAGAGGCAGAGAGAGGCAGAGAGAGGCAGAGAGAGGCAGAGAGAGGCAGAGAGAGGCAGAGAGAGGCAGAGAGAGGCAGAGAGAGGCAGAGAGAGGCAGAGAGAGGCAGAGAGAGGCAGAGAGAGGCAGAGAGAGGCAGAGAGAGGCAGAGAGAGGCAGAGAGAGGCAGAGAGAGGCAGAGAGAGGCAGAGAGAGGCAGAGAGAGGCAGAGAGAGGCAGAGAGAGGCAGAGAGAGGCAGAGAGAGGCAGAGAGAGGCAGAGAGAGGCAGAGAGAGGCAGAGAGAGGCAGAGAGAGGCAGAGAGAGGCAGAGAGGCAGAGAGAGGCCGAGAGAGGCAGAGAGAGGCAGAGAGAGGCAGAGAGAGGCAGAGAGGCAGAGAGAGGCAGAGAGAGGCAGAGAGAGGCAGAGAGAGGCAGAGAGGCAGAGAGAGGCAGCAGGCUCACAACGCCGGAGACGUCGUCGAAGAGGGUGAGGGAGACGCGGGGCGUGCGCAGAAACGUGCCCGCCUGCCAUUAG